CGCUUGUCAGAAAUGGAAAAGUUCACGUUUUUCUGGAGGUCAAAUUCGCCGUUUAGUCAAUGGUAUCCUGCAUCGUUUACCGUUGGUGGAAUCACGUACAACUGUGCAGAGCAAUACAUGAUGCAUAAGAAAGCAGUGCUCUUUAAAGACCGUCAAACUGCUGAUAAAGUGCUGUCUACAACACAACCAUCAGGGCAGAAGAAACUUGGUCGACAAGUAAGGAACUUCAAUGAAGAGACAUGGAUGCAACACAGAUUAGAUAUUGUAAAGGCUGCAAAUACUGCAAAGUUCACUCAGAACAGUGAGUUAAAGAAACAACUUUUUGCAACAACUGGAACUACUCUGGUUGAGGCAAGUCCCAAUGACCAGAUAUGGGGGAUUGGAUUGUCUGCUGAAAACGAGGAAGCAUGGUCAAGGGAAACAUGGAGGGGAAUGAAUCUUUUGGGACAAGCUCUGACAGAAGUUAGAGAUGAGAUAAUGAAAAAUGCAGAGGUAGAUGCAGCCAAAAGUGAUGACGACACCAAGAAGACAAGCAAAAACCAAGGCGAGGACAAGGAGGAAUAACUCGUAGAAUUAAGUCAAACAAAAACCAUUAAUUAGUAUGUCCUACCAAAGUGCUGUGGCCUGCUGUCAUUGAAAUUGUGAGGUCCACUAGAAAUUUCCACUUUUUAAAAGGAUUUAAUUUUUUGGUUAUUGGAGAUGCUUGGAGUUACUGAUCAAAGUGUAAUGUAGCACUUUGACACUUGAAAGUCCACUAUCAUAUUUCAUAAUUCACAAUUCACUUGGUGGGGGUGAGUUGACCCUUCCUGA